AUGCCAAGGGGCCAGGCUGGGGGCAGAGAUGCCAAGUCAGGGGAGACAGCACAGAAGAAGGGUGCUCUGGGUGGGAGGGGGUUCCUGGUCGGCAUGGCCUCCUGCUGCAGCUACCUGGCAGAGCAGAGCCACCGGCUGGAGGCCACAGCGGUGACGGUGACCGUCCUGGGUGGGCAGAGCCUGGCCAUCAGCACCUUCAGGAAGCUGGAUGGGAUGUGCUGGGAAAUCAGGCAGCGCUACCUCCCUGCCCAGGCCCACGGACGCUUCCUCCUGAAGGGCCGUGGCUAUGGCAGCAAAGUGGAUGUGGUGGUGGGUGAGACGGACCACAGCACCUACGCCAUCCUCUAUUACCAGAAGGGCCAGAACAUCUCAGUCAAGCUCUAUGGACGGACCAGCCAGGUCAGCGACGCCAUUGUGGACAAGUUCAAGCAGCGUGUCAGGGCUGUGGGCCUGAGCGAAGAUGUGACCUACUACUUCCCCCCAUAUGGGUUUUGCGACUCUGCAGAUGAGUUUCACAUCCUUGACGGGACUUAUGUAAGGGACCGCCACGUGACUCCCCCGACGCCAGCCCUGGCCCCGCUGCCCACGUGCGGGGCAGUCAUGUCCAGCUAUGCUUGCGGACCCCCUAGGCUGCCCGCUUGA